AUGUCGAACGCUGGACAAGGGGAAGCGCUGUCGCCCAUUCCGCCGCUGCCAGCGCCGUUCAAGCUGGAUGCGUCCAAGGGGCCGUUGGUCUGGAUUGACUGCGAGAUGACGGGGCUGGACAUUGAGCGAGGCGACCGACUGCUCGAGAUCGCAUGUAUCGUCACCGACGGCGAUCUGAACCCGGUCGACGAAGGCGUGAGCUACGUCAUCAGCACGCCCAAGGAUGUGUUGGACAACAUGAAUGCUUGGUGUGUGAACCAGCACGCGCUCUCGGGCCUCACCGCGGCCUGUCUCUCGCCCACCGCCUCGCACCCACACGCUUCGGUCCGCGCCGCCAUCCUCGCCUACAUCCGCGACCGCGUUCCCACCCCGAACGCCGCCUGCCUCGCCGGAAACACGGUACACGCCGACAAAGUCUUCCUGCUCAAGGAAAUGCCCGAACUCGUCCAGCACCUCCACUACCGCAUCGUCGACGUCAGCAGCAUCAAGGAGUUGGUCCGGCGCUGGUACGGCGCGGACAAGAUGUGGCGGCCACGCAGGAGGGAAGAGGUGGAAACCACGCGCGAGGGUGGCAAGCAGGGAGAUCAUAGGGCUUUGAAUGAUAUCAGAGCAAGCAUUGAUGAACUCAAGUGGUACAGGCAGCACGUUUUCCAGCCUGCGUCUGCGACGGGAGUAGAGGGUUCCAAGUAA